AUGAUGGUAUAUCACAACAUAAGAUUAGGAGCAUUGGGAUUUCUGUCGCUUGAUAUCGAAGAAGCGUCGGGUAACGCAGGUUUAAAAGACGUAAUACUAGCUCUAAGAUGGAUCAACAACAACAUCGAACGAUUUGGAGGCGAUAGAAAUAAAAUAACAAUUGGCGGAAAUAGUUCGGGAGCUGCAAUUGUUCACUACUUAUUAUUAACUGAACAAUCCAAUGAUCUUUUUCAGCGAGCUAUACUCAUAAGUGGUAGCGCUGUUUGUCAUAGAUUUGUUGCGAGACAUGCAAAAGAUAAUACACUCAUUUUAGCCAAAGAAUUAGGUGUGAUAGCAGAUGACGCACAUGAAUUAUUAAAAAAGUUUCAGGAUAUAAAAGUUUUCGACUUAAUAGACGCUGAAAUGAACUUAACCAAAUAUGAUAACGUUGUCUUGCGAUCAUUUAAUAUGUUUGUACCAACUAUAGAGAUCAACUCUUCACAUGCAGUAAUUACUAUUGAUCCCAUUAAAAAGCUUAAUUUAGGGUUGGUACAAAAUAUACCUGUUUUAGUAGGUUUUAACAACAGAGAAGGUAUUUACGGUAUUGUUAAAAUAAGGAGUAACAAGGAUAAAUUAAAUAAAUUAAAAGAAAAUAUGGAAUAUUCUAUACCAUCUGAUAUCGAAUAUCCAUUGGGAUCCGAAAUUUCUAAGAACUUAGCAAAAUCUAUAAGUCAAUUUUAUUUCAACAGUGAUUUAUCAAACUUUACACUUAAUAAUAUUGUCGAUUUAAUCUCUGAUUCUCAAUAUAUUUAUAGCACCGAUUCGUGGAUUAAAAGGAACCCCACUCCACAAAAUCUGGCUAGCAACUUCAAGUGGCCCGAAUAUGGUAAAAAUGGGUCGUUUCUUAUUAUAAAUGAGAACCCAACUGAGGGUACUCAUCGGCCUCCGCUAUCGGAUAGACUGAAGUUUUGGUACGAUAUAUAUAAAACAUAUUAUGAUUAUGUCGAAAACGGUGGAAAACUGGAGACAAAAAAUAUACCGUAG